CGGGCGCUACCGGAGGCGCCCGGGAAACCCGCGCGCGCGCGCGCGCGCGGCUCCGCACCGGUUCCGGUUCGGAGCUUCCGCUUCCGAUCCGCCGGGGCGAGAGGCGCCGGGCCGGGAUGUGAGCAGCCCGCAGAUGGAUGAAGUUGCUGACCCGAUGAGGAUGGACGCCAGGGACGCGGCGCUGGCUAACCACAGCUCGAUGUUCAAGGCUUUCCCCCCGCAACCGAGAGCGAGCCUGCGGGAUCCGCCUUCGCAGGCAGACAGCAAGUUCUUACCAAACAAGAUUGGCAGCUUCACCUGCCCUGCUGGAAAUGCAUCUUGUACUCUCAAUUACAGCUCAGAAGUUCCGUGUCCUGAUGCCCUCCAGGCACCAGGAGAACCUCGACCGUUCGGCUCAAGCGCCAACGGGCAGUGGAGAGGUCUGGUUCCCACUCUGGGUUCUGCGCCCCAGAAGCCUCGAGUGAGUCGAGGUUCUUAUCUGGAAUCGCGCAAAAACCCCAGUGGGACGUCCAACAGUUUUGUAGGAAAGUCAAAUCACCAUUGCCAUGCAUCAGCUUUUCCAAUCAAACCUGCUCAGAGUCCUUCCUGGAGCGGUCCAUGUCGUCGUAGCCUGCUUAGCCCUAAGAAAACUCCGAGGCGAUUCGUCAGUACGGCUGAAGAGACUGUUCGAGAGGAAGAGCGAGAGAUCUACAGGCAGUUACUUCAGAUGGUCACAGGAAAGCAAUUCUCCACGUCCAAACCCUCCUCACUGUUCCCCUUCCAUAUGUCCAGGUGUUCGAAUUCCAGUAAAACCUUAGUGAAAGAAACUCCCAGCCAGAAUUCAAAGCUGUUUGAAGCUCACAAUAUUGCACCAGCCAGUUCAACAACCAGUGCUCUUAGAGCACAGGAGCAGCCAUCCCAUAAACCAUCGCUCUACUCUGCACCUAACUAUCCCUCAAAUAUCUUUGAGUCCAAUAACUGCACAGCCCAGCAUCACCAAGAAAAUCUACCAGCAUCUAACACACAGUCUGAAGGGUCAGACUCUGUCAUUUUGCUCAAGGUAAAGGAUUCCAGAACUCCAGCUCCAAGCCUUCCGUUCUUCCAGGCAGAACUGUGGAUCAAGGAACUAACCAGCGUCUAUGAUUCACGAGCUCGGGAGAGGUGGCGUCAAAUCGAAGAGCAGAAAGCACUGGCCUUACAGCUGCAAAGCCAGCGAUUGCAGGAACAGGAACACUCAGUGCAGGAUCUGGUGGAUUUAAAUCUUCGAGUUCCCCUCGAGAAAGAAAUUCCUGUCACAGUGGUUCCAGAAGAGAAAGAAGAUGCUAAGUCAGCUGAUGGUGAAGAGGAGUUCCCUGAAAUCACUGAGGAAAUGGAAAAAGAAAUAAAGAAUGUGUUCCGAGGUGGGAAUCAGGAUGAGGUCCUCAGUGAAGCUUUUCGGUUAACAAUCACUCGGAAAGACAUUCAGACCCUCAAUAAUCUGAACUGGCUCAACGAUGAGAUAAUUAAUUUCUACAUGAACUUGCUGAUGGAGCGGAGCAAAGAGAAGGGUUUGCCAACAGUUCAUGCAUUCAAUACCUUCUUCUUCACCAAAUUAAAAACUGCAGGGUACCAAGCAGUGAAACGGUGGACUAAAAAAGUAGAUAUCUUCUCUGUGGACAUCCUCUUGGUGCCUAUUCAUCUAGGAGUGCAUUGGUGCCUAGCAGUUGUAGACUUCAGGAAAAAAACCAUCACCUAUUAUGACUCCAUGGGUGGAAUAAACAGCGAAGCCUGCAGGAUACUGUUGCAAUACUUAAAACAGGAAAGUCUUGACAAGAAAAGGAAAGAAUUCGACACUAAUGGCUGGUCCUUGCUGAGUAAGAAGAGUCAGGAGAUCCCGCAGCAGAUGAACGGCAGCGACUGCGGGAUGUUUGCCUGCAAAUACGCUGACUGCAUUACCAAAGACAAGCCCAUCAACUUCACGCAGCAACACAUGCCCUAUUUCCGAAAGCGGAUGGCCUGGGAAAUCCUUCACCGCAAGCUGUUAUGAUGGUGGUGAUGAUGAUGAUGAUGUGCCGAAAGCUGGUUCCUUGAGAGAUUGUAUCAGAAGUGCCCAGAUUUGCCCUGCUCAGCAGUCAGAGCUGUGGCAGGCAUGGACCCGCACGGGGGUUCAGUCAAAGAAACCGCAAAUGAACUCUGUAUGAUAUUUUUGAUAAAACAUCAUUCAUGGACCAAUGCGCGACGGAAAUGUUCAGAAGCACACUUGCCUUUCUUUUUUUUUUUUUUUAUUAUUUCAAAACCUAUUUUUACAAGCAAUUUCAGGUGCUGAGACUCCAGGUGGGGGGCUGCUUUGGACUUCCGAGGAACUCUUGUUUUUCUGCUUUUUUCAGCUCUUGCUGUCAGCAUCGCUGAGCUGAUGAUGUGACUCUUUGCGCGGGUGGCCUGGAUUUCAGGGGAAGGGAAGGCACUUAACCGGUUUUGGAUGCUCUGAGCACUGGAAGAACUGUGCUCCGUACCAAGGGGGCUUGUAAGUUGGGUGGGGGAAGACUAAAGUUUAUUUGGGGAUGGAUGUAGGGAGAGUUUGCCCUUAGAGGUAGCCCUGUUUUUAAAAAAAACAAAACAAAACAACCAACCAAACGGAAAACCAUCGUGUAGCAAGCAGCUGCUCUUGGAUUGCCACAAGGUGGUUGGGCUGGCAGUUGUGUGGUAGGAACAGGAAAGAAGGAAGCAAACCCUUUUCAGAAAUGGCCAGGAAAAGUGAUUCUGAUGAGCAACGUUGGCUUUUUGAUGUGACCUCUACAGUUGCCUCCCAUCUUAUCUCCCCUCUGUCCCCAAGCCAGCAUUUUUUCUGUUACCUAUCACAAACUCUACCUGCUGUCACCUAUCCUGAGAUUAUAACCUACUUGUUGCUUGUGCUGUCAGUACUUAGGACAGCUGCGGUGUGGCUUAGACGUGGCUGUGGGCUUUCCCUGAAGAGCCAUCGUGAGGCCAGGAGGCAGGUAGGGUGUCCCACAGGCCUGUUAAGCAGGACCUGGGUGACCCGUGAAGGUAACUUGUUUGCGCUGGAUACCGUUUCUGCAGAGUCACUUUUCUGCCCGAGGAAUUCGUCUCCCAGUUCUUAGCAUCAAGUGUUUACAGAAUUCAGGUACAAAUUUGACUUGUUGUAGCGUAGAAUCAAUGCAUCAAUUCGUUGUUUUGUAUAUAUUUUCAAAUGUUUUCUAGAGUUGACAAAGAACAAAGUUUUGAGUGUGCAUUUUUCUGCCCGUGCUUUAUCUCCUAGUAAGAGAUGAGGCUGUGGAUUCUUUCCACCUUGGUCCUGGUGCAGCUGACCCCAGCUGAGCAGAACGAAUAUAAAUCGUUCCAUGUCAUCCCCUCUCUCCAUGAUAUUUUGCACAUGUUUUGCCUGGGGGUGAAUGCUGACAUGAGGUCAAAGGUGGCACUGAAUCCAGGCAUCGUAUUCGAGUUCAGAAGUGCUUCCAAAGGUAUCUCUAGGUAUGUUCAGCGUGUGACUCCCGGAAGCCUUGAGGACUAGCGACCUGGGUCUCGUUCAGUGAGUGGGGGAAAAGUAAAAUGCUCAGAAGCACUUAAAAACCUUCCAGAAGUGGGAUUUUGGGGGCCCCCGGGAUGCCUCGAUGCUUUUGAGCAUUUUACCUUGAGCACCUAAUUCCUUUAGGCUCUCUGGUCAGUCUUGGAUGAAGCUUUGCUGAUGCUUUCAGCUGUUUUAAUUUAUUCUCAAAUGAGGUUUGGGAGGAAGUGGUGAGUGUUUGACAAGCUUUCCAAGCUGCUGAACCUGGUUCUUUUCUCUAGUGUACAUAAUCUUUUUAAGUAUAAGUAAAAAUUAAAUAAUGUCCACUUUUGUAUUUUUGUCUCCAGAUAGGGAGUAAUAUUUUAUACAUUUUCUGUACCUGUAAGCAGUAGUUUUGUACAAGAUUUCUGCCUUUGCCCCUCGCUCCCACCAAGUUGUGUUCUUUGUAGGCUGGUUUGUAUCCCUCCCUCCCUCCCUCUCCUGUCUGUUUGUUUUAUACCGAGCUGAUUUAUUACCUUUUUCUAUCUUUUACUGCAAGUAAAGAUCUAAGGGAAAAAAAAAAAGUAAACUGUAUCUUUUCUUUUUUGUAAUGA